ACACCAAAUCAACUUUGCAUCAUUUUUAGGUAAAAUGGUUUCAUUGAGAGAGCUUACAGAGCAACGAGGUAACCAGGGUAGAGAGGGAGAAGAGGAAGGGGUUUUGUCAGUAGAGCCUAUCACAAUAAUAGUGCCGCCGGAGUUGCAGGAUGUGCCAGAAACAAUGGCGUCUGAGAGCAGCACCAGUUCCAGCACCAGUGACAAUGGUGGCGACCACCCUAGUGCGCCGUUGAGCAGCUCGUCCGAGGGGACACCAGGCCGCGAGGAGGGGGCAGGGGAUGUAGCGAGCCAUGUUUCAGAUCGGCCUGUAAUGGAAGAAUGGGAGAGCAGAACCAUCACGGGCAGGUUGGACAACCUGCGAAAGGCGCCAAAGGACCUGCCCGCCGGAUUUAGGUUCCGGGCCGCGCUUCAUCAUGAAGUAGCAGACUGCACGCCCUCAAUCAGCGGGUACAGAAAAUUGGAGGAUAUGGUGAGGGCGUAUCAUAUUCCCCGGACAAUACCGUUACGAACAGGCGCACCAAAUGAGAGGGCUUGCACAGUGUCACAGACUGGUUGGAUCCCAGUGUAUGUGGACCACUUUGACGCCGGCCUACGGUUUCCCCUGCCCGGAUUGGUGUACGACCUGCUGGCGGAUUACGAGCUGGUGCUGACGCAGCUGACGCCCAACAGCAUAAGGUUCAUCAUUGGCUUUAUGCUGUUGUGUGAACGAUUAGAAGUAUCGGCCAAGGCGAUCGUGUUCAGGAACAAGGUGGCGAGGUGGAAGAGACAGUUUAUUUUUGUUCGCGACACACGAGUAGAAAGGAUAAGCAACGACCUCGCUGCCCGGUUGUCUGAGUGGCGCACCCCCAACGCUCAUAUCAACUAUCCUCAACUGCUACCCCGGGAUGUAGACCUGAAGAACCAGCUGCUUGAGUAUGCGCAGAGGGAGGGUCUAAUAGAUCUAGAAGUCCUGGUUACCUCGGAGCAACUCGCCGUGUUCGGGUUUGUCGACGUGGCAAACCUGUUCACAGAAGGAGAAAUGAGCAACAUCUUAGAACGCCAACGUCAGCAAGCCCAGAGUUCACGAGGCCGCGGGGCGAGCAGCAGGCAACCCAAGCAAACGCGGUUUGACGAGCGACCGCCGGCCGCGCCUCAAUUGCGCAACUCGUCCCAUCGAGGAUCCAGCUUAGCCUCUAGGCCGCGGGCUGAGCAUAGGGCUGAGGUUGCAGCCCCGAGUGCAUGCAGACGUGCACGCGAGGAGAUGGAGAGCGAGGAAGAUGAGGUCCCCCUUGCUCGACGUAGAACAAGCAGGGGGACCCAGCCCGCACAGGCGGUUCGACCUGCAGCUUCUAACGCGCCAGCAACAACUGCGCGGGCGGCAGUCGAGCUUGCUUCCACGUCGGCCUCAGUGUCGGGCCCUAGGAUCGCCUAUCCUGAGGGCUUCAGCUAUAUAAGGGCGGAGUGCCAGCCCGCCAUGGUGCAAGGCAUGCACAGCUUUGUGCCCCCCAUGGACAGUAAGCGGGCCAAAGCUUUUGUGCAACAGCAUGGCGGCCAGGUCGCCAUGAUAAAACUAAUGGAUGCGUUCAGCUACGCAGUAGCACUGUAUGAGAGCGAGCAGGGGACUCGUACAGAGAACCGCGAGCUCGGUUCAAAGUGCAAGCAGCUGGCCGCAGAGAAGGCUAGCCUUGUGGACGAUGUGAAUCGUCUGCAAGGCUCUGAAAUGGCGAACCGAGCUGCUGCAGCGGAGAGCCGAGCUGAAGAGCUCGCAAAUAAGAUCAAUGAGCUCAAGGAGGAGCUUGAGCAAGCCCGUGCUGAGAGGGAAAGCGGGAUUCAAGCGGCGAAGGAUGAGGCCGCCCGGGUUGAGGAGCGAGCCAAGAGGGUCGAGGAUGAAAGGGACCGUGCUCAGAACGAACUGGGUUCCCUGAAGUUCCAGGUCGCUGAGGCUGACAAGAACCUCAGCGCUACCGAAGAGGCUCUGAACGAACUGAAGGCCUCUCAUGCGCGCUCAGUCGGUAUUGCUCGAGCCCAAGGAGCAGAAUGGCUGGUCGGCUCAUCCACGUUUCAAGAUGCAGUGGCGAUGGCGUCUGCGAACAUGACCACGGAGAUCUAUAACGAGAUCCGUGGUAAGGUGCUGCACCACCGCCCUGACUUCCCCAUCCGCGAGCUGGCAUUCUUCGAUGGGGAAGAUAUCGACGAGCAGGGUAAGAGCCUUGCUCCCCUGGCUGACACAACGAGGGAUGACCCAACGGGGUUGCCUUCCUUUGAUGGAUGGGUGGAAGGGGCUCCUGUUGCUGAGCAGGAGCCAUCCAGUACUCCACCAGACUCUCAGCCCGCCGUGGUGCCAGCUCGAUCUCCCGUUACGGCACCAGCUUCUGAGGUCGCUGUUCGCUCACCACCAGAUCGCUCAUUUCCGCCUGUGGCUGACGCGUCUAUGCCCGUCGAUUUGACGGAUGACUAGGCUUAGGACUUUUUUCUUUUAUUCCUUUGUAUUUUCUUUUGCAUUUUUGUAUUUGAUCAAUGGAUUCAUAGCAUAUGUACCUUGAAUGUAAACAUCUUUGAUGAAAUACAAAAAUGAGUUUUCC